UUCGAUUUCCUUUUGAGGUAAAAAUAACUUGACUUUGCCCUAAAUAGCACCAAGUUCUAUAGAAUUGAUAAACUGACCAAUUUGUAAAGGCCAUCUGCCCCGAAAAAAGAAUUAAACAAUAGAAAUCUUGAUUAAAACCGUGGAGAGAGACUGGGAGAGAGAGAAGGGUUUCCAAAAAUUUCAGAUAAAUCCCAUUCCAGCUGCCGAUUUUUCAUCAAUCGUGCUCGGCAAGUCCAAAUUUUCAGAUAGCUGCAACUGUGUGAUCGAAUACACUCAGUGCGUGUGUGUGUGUGUGCACGCGCUUAUUAUCUCCCUGCAUAUCAUUUUCUUUGUAUUUACAGAGGUAUCUUGAGGAGGAGGAGGAGUGAGUGACGAAGGAUAAGGCGCAGCGCCUUGGGUUUGCGAGAUUUUGAUCUGGUAGGAUGAGUACAAGCAGGGGAAGCGGCGCCGGUAAGGGGGGCGUGGUACAACCCAUCCCAGCGGGGUCGCGGAAGGUUGUGCAGAGCUUGAAGGAGAUAGUUAACUGCCCCGAGGUGGAGAUUUAUGUGGCUCUCAAGGAAUGUAACAUGGACCCAAAUGAGGCUGUCAAUCGUCUGCUCUCUCAAGAUCCUUUCCAUGAGGUGAAGAGCAAACGAGAAAAGAAAAAAGAGGGUAAAGAUCAGCCAGAGUCCAGGUCUCGUGGUGCUAAUAGUAGUUCUAAUCGAGGUAAUAAGACUGGUGCAGAUCGUCAAUAUGCGCGAAGUUCUUCAGCACAAUAUUAUACUUCUGGUGUGUUUGACUCUUCAUUGUAUGGGAAGACGACAUACAAGAAAGAAAAUGGAUCUGGUCCUUAUUCUAGUUCGUUAUCGUCAGUACAUGGUGGGUCAGGGAAUAGUAAAAGCAGAGGACCUCCAGGCCACAGUGAUGAUGCCUCUGCUGAAAGCAAAGGAUCCUUUCUGGGGACAACUGAUGUAUUGCCAUCUGUUUCACAGCCAGCCUCUGGAUAUCAGCCUGCCUGGGUGAGUACUCCUGGUCAGGUGUCUAUGGCUGACAUUGUGAGGAUGGGCAGACCAGACAAGAAAGGAUCAAACGCUCCAAAUGAAUCACAUCACAAUAUUCAGGAUCCUUUUGUAAAUGAAUCACUUCAUAAAGAUCAUGCUUCCAAAGUAAAUCAAGCCGAAGUUCCAUCGGUUCAGCAUGUUGCCACCAGUGAUGAUUGGCCUUCCAUCGAGAAGCCAGCUGCUCCAAGUGUGAUACCAUUUUCAGAACAUCCUGAAGCAUCCAGUGUAUCAUAUGAUAAUGCUAACUAUGAAGCUGAGGAGGUUCAAGAAGAGGAAGAUGAUGAUAACUUUGAGAGUUCUGGAGGAAAUGAUGAUGGUUCUGUUUCUAUAUCCAGUAGAAGAAUGAUUCCAGAAGAUGUUUCAAGAGGUCCAUCACAGUUCGAUAAUGAGUUGUAUAAAAACAUGGGAACAUACGAAUCUGAGGCUCAUGAUUUCGAACGUCAUGAAGUUGAUGAAAUCGGUGCUUCAGUUAUAUCCGUCACCAAAAACUUGCGACAACUAAGUGUGAACAAGGAUGAUGGAGGGUUUCCUUCUGAGGCGAAUGCACCUUCUGUUGUAAUUCCAGAGCACUUGCAAGUUCAUACUGCUGACUGCUCCAACUUGACCUUUGGAAGUUUUGGUUCUGCUAUGAAUGAUGCUUAUUCUUCUGGGACUACAACAUCUUUUCUUGAGAAACCUAAUCUGGAAGAGGUACAAAACGAGACUGAAGAAUCAACUGGGGGGCAGCCUGAAACAAGACAUCCCGAGUAUUAUGUUGAUGACUCUCUAAGAAGUACUCCAGAUGAUAGUUUGUUGCAUAGAAAUAGUGCUACUGUUGGGAGCUACGAUGCAUCUUCUGCUCCAAAGCCGGAAGAGUUGAGACCUGAGAGUGCUGAUAUGGCGCAUGGAAAUCAGUACCCUUUUCCUUCUUCGGACUCGGGUUAUUCCUUCGACAAUGCACAACGUUUAAAUGCUGCUUUCAGUCAGACGAGUUCCCAGAUGCAGAGUCCAGCUCCCUUUUCAAAUGUUAUGCAUGCAUACUCAAAUUCACUACCAAGCGCUUUGUUGGCCGCAAAUGUCCAGCCGACCAGAGAAUCAGAUCUUCAGUACCCAUUUUCUUUGACUCAAUCUUUGACCGCUAAGUAUGGGAACUCUGUCUCCUCCAUUGGUGCUUCAGCAAUCUCUAUAUCCGAGGAUUUGAAGACUGCUGGUUUACAUUCUACUCAGCCCAACAUUGCCACCGGGCCUCCGCUCCCACAACACCUUGCGGCUGUCCAUCCCUAUUCCCAGCCCACUCUUCCUAUUGGGCCAUUUGCCAAUAUGAUUGGCUACCCUUUCUUGCCCCAAAGUUACACAUACGUGCCUUCGGCUUUUCAGCAGUCUUUCGCUGGCAGCAGUAAUUACCAUCAGUCCUUGGCGGCAGUUCUUCCUCAGUAUAAGAGUAGUGUUUCAGCUAGUAACUUGCCUGCUUCUGGAUACAGUGGUUUCGGCAGUAAUUCGACCAUUCCUGGGAAUUACUCGUCUGGAACAAGUUUGAGUUAUGAUGAAGUCUUGAGUUCUCAGUAUAAAGAUAAUAGUCACUUGCUCUCCCUUCAGCAGAAAGAAAACUCGGCAAUGUGGCUUCAUGGAAAUUCAAGAACAAUGCCAGCUGUCCCGGGCAGCACGUACUACAAUUACCAGACGCAAAAUCAGCAGCUUGGCGAGUUCAGGCAAGUCCAGCAGCAGUCACAGAAUUACGGGCCCUCAGCUUACCCGAACUUUUACCAAACUCAGGCUGGGAUUUCUUUGGACCAGCAGCAGCAAAUCCCUCGGGCCUCCCAAGAACAGCCCAAACAGUCCCAGAUUUGGCCCAACAACUACUGAUCCACCUUCUGGUUUUUCAGGGCAUCACAUUAACGAAAGGAAAAGCGACCUUUUGAGCCAAUAUAUGAGGAGAUACAAAAUGUGAUUUCAAUUUACGCAUGCGAAAAGUGGGUGAUUGGGUCACUACCCUGUGCCUUGUUAGGUCGUGCUAAUUUUAUGAUAGUCAGGACACGCUUGCUCUAUCUUUUUUUUUUUUGUUGGUUCUUUUCCACUUGGGAGUUUCAGAGUUUAAAUCUGUUUCCUCUAGUGAAAGCUUGCAUGCAUAUACAUUGCGGUAGCUUGAGAGAGGUCGAUCGUCUAACCCUGUUUUCUCGUCUUGCUUUUUCUUGUUUUUUUUCUUUACUCAACCACUGUAUCAUUAUACUCUGUACGAUUUGUGCUGUUCAGCAUUUUCAUUCCCGAUUGACGGGCGCGUUUUUACUCUCAUCGAUGAAUAUCUUAUCGUGUUUAUUUUUAC